AUGGCGGGUAGAAGCAAAAAUGCGUCAGAUAGGUUUCUUUCUCCUGCAUAUUUCCAAGUUACAAGGCCUAAGAUCCCCUCACAGCAAACCACUUCAGCUCCCAGGAAGCUUCUGCCUCCAUCUGAAUAUAAUGUUGCGAAAGAUCAGAGCGAAGAAAGUGAAAAAGUCCUCGUUGAAAUAGACAUAUUGCAGAAUGAAAAUAGACAGCUUCGAGAGCAACUUAAGAGGUCUAAAGAGGAGGAAAUACGACUUGAAGGGGAGAUACGAAAGAGCAGGCUUCUGGUGCAGAAGGGUAGAGUCGAUGAUGCCCUUGAUCUGAAACAAAUGGCUGAACUUCACGAGGAAAAUCUCUCGCUGCAAUCAGAAGUUAAAAAGCUUGGAGCAACAAACUCGAAACUUAAAAUAGAUGUUAAAGAGGUAAAAAGUAACUUCGAAACAGAUUUAGGAAGAUGUGAAGCCGAGCUAGAGAAGGCGCACACGUUGAUAAAAGAGCUUAAAGCUGAAAUGAGGCAAAAGGAAGAAAUAUUCGAGAGGGAGGUGGAGAGUCUGGAGAAACGCGCUAGAAAGCAGAUGACAGUGGUGAAAAGUUUGAAAGCUCAAGUGAAAAAUGCAGAAGAGCAAGUGAAGAUUGACAGGAAUGGAUUUGAGGAGGUGAUCAGAAAAAAUGAAUUUGACAAGUAUGAGCAAGUUAAGGCAAUUAAAAAAACUUUAGAUUCCUGUGAAGUGAAGUAUGCCAAAGAGUUACAUGCUCUCAAAGAUGAGAUCUCCAGUAGAGAUGAGAUAUACUCUGCUACAAAAAGGAAACUGACUACUACAGAAGAGGAGGUAAAUGAUCUUAAGGAAAAACUGAAAGAAAAAGAAAUGGAGUGUUCAACAGUCAUAAAACAGCAUCAAGAAAAGAUGAGGGAUAGCCAAUUAUACUAUGAUAAAACUCUGACAGAUCUUAGCAGGAAACUAGAGGAACAAACACUUUCUCAUCAAAGAGAGCUACAGAAUUUGACAGGUAAAUAAAAUGCUGAUCAUUAAGAUUCAAAACUUCAUUGUACAUGCACCACAUCUUUCCACAUCAACCCAAUCCUCAUGUAAAUAUCUUGAAACAACAAAGACCCAAUCAUAAUGAAUAGUAUUCUUUACCUAAGUAAUGAAGAAAUCAGAGCUGUAAGUGAAAAGUGGUAGGGACCAAAACUACAGCCCAGUCUACUACGGUUAGCCUGCUACUUUCGCCUCAUUACACUAUAAUCUUUGAUUAAAAAAAAUCACCUUUAUUGAAGUAGCAUUGAAAAAUUUGUACAGCAGCCAUCUUACCUUAUAAUAUUACCCCUGAAUCGCACAGUAAGGUCACAAGAAUAAAGGUGCUCCUUACAAUAUAGCCCCAAAUCACAUAUUUAUAUAAUAAGAAUAAAGGAAGUAAUCAUCAACUAAAGAAGCUCUUGAUUGCCAAACAAAUUCUCCCCGCUGCCACCUUUGGAAAUGUGAAGAGAUCGGUAUGGAAAUUGUGCAUACCAAUCUGAUAGUUAAAAGGGUUAAAGUGACUGAGGGUUGGGAAUGUGACCUAUGGAGUGAAUGGGAUUAUUUAACUAAGUCUGGAACUAUGCAAGCAACAGUUACACACUCAAUUUGAUUAUCUAGAAAUUUUCUUUCAUUAGUAUGACUAUGCAGUAGUGUUAUUUAAGUCAGUUGAGUGUCACAUUUUAAUGUAGUCCCUAUGCACUCUGCCUGCUUACAGAGGAACUUAAAAAGAAAGAUGAAGAAGUGAAGUCCCACAGCUUGAUUGUUGAUCAGUUAAGAGCUUAUAUAGGAGAGAACUUGCCAAACACACAGCUGGAGAAACUCCAAAAAGAGCAUGAAGAGGCAAAGCAAACUGCGACCAGCUUGAUACAAGAAAAUGAAAAUCUAAGAUCCACUGUGGAACUCCUUAAUGUGAGAAUUUCCUCCAUCAAUGAAAUCCUCACCAUUCAAGAAAAAGAUUUGAUGAAGUUUCAAGCAAAAUCAAGUGAUAGUGCAAGGCACGAUGGAGAAAGUUUGCUCACAAAAUGGAGAGAGAAAGUGUUUGCCUUGCUGAUUCAGUUAAAAUCACAAGCAAUUAUGCGUGAGAAAGAAGAAAGAAAUGAGAAGGCUCAGGUAAGUUACCUUGGGUGAAAGGAAUUAAAAAUAACUGGAUUAACUUGAAUAGGAAAUACUGCAGUAAUACCAAAUUCUGAUAUUUGUAUCCCAAAAGGUUUUUUGAAAAGUAGAGUAAACUUUCUCAAACAAAAAUGCUUAUGGGAUUACUAAAGAGUAAUCUUAUAACUAAAGUAAACUCUCUUCCUAAAGGAAAGUUGGCCUUAGGGUUCACAAGGUAAGUUCAGUUUUAUGAAAGUGACUUAAGAAAACCAGCCAUGAGAACUGACUUCAAAAGUAGAGAGGGUUUUUUUUCUCAUAGAGGUCUCUGUCAAGAGUUCACUGUAAAUGAGAAUGUGUAAAUAACACAAACUUUCUCAUUACAUAUUAGAUAUGAUACAUAAAUUGCCUGAUUACUUGGUCAAAUGACAAGCAUGAAAUGUAAUCUUUCCUAUAAGGGCUCAUGUUGGGCUUUUGUUUGAAAAAAUUUUUUCCUUUGAUUUAGUUAAACAACAGCUGUGAAAGAUUAACACAAUUUUCAUUGGAAAAUUUCCAACAAUGAUUCUGGUGAAAUACUUUUGCUUAAAAUACUAUUCAUCAACAAAAAGUUUAACCUUAACCCUUUAACUCCCAGAUGUAAUUAUCAUGUAACUUCUCCACACUGCUAAUCGUAACACUCUUGUCUUCUAUCUUAAGCUGAAACAUCUGAUGACAGAGCUGGAAGAAUCUCAGAAGGAAGUAGCCAAGUUAACACACAUUUUAGCUGACAAGAAGGCUGAACAGCAAAUUGAAGUCAAUAGAAACCUUGUUUUAGAAAGGCAACUCGAGAAGUGUCAGCAGAAUGAGAAAAGGUUCAAUUCUUUCAUUUCACAAUUUCAAAUGUGUUCCAGCAGUCUCCAGGAAGUUGCACAAAAGACUGAAUCUUUUAUAGAACAUGUUGGAACACAAAUGGAGGAGGCCUUCAAGAAACUUGCCACAUUUUCUCAGCGUAUUAGCUUUGCAACUGGGAGAGUUCAAUUUCUUCAAGGUGAUAUGCACGUUUCCAUAAUUUAGAAAUAUUUUUAAUUUCUUGUGGAAAUAACUGGGGGAAAAGAUAAACACUUCCUCUCUAAAGUUACUAUUCAAGCUGUAUAAUAAACAAAAUGCAAUAGAGGUUGUGUUACAUAACCUCUCAUUUAACUGUGGAGAAAAACUUCUCUAGAAAGGAUGUAUUCAGAUAAUUAACCCUUUCACUCCCAUAAGUGACCAAAAACGAAUUUCUCCUUACAAUGUCUAUACAUUGACAAGCAGGCAAGUGAUGAGAAUAAAGAAAAAUGCCAUCAGGGGAUUAGUAGUUGAUCUAAUACCAAAUUCUCUAGACUAGUAUCACAAAAAUUGUAAGGCAGACAGGACAUAGAAUUACUAUUGAGAUCUUGGGAGUGAAAGGGUUAAGAGUCAUAGGGCAGAGAAAAAUAGAGUUAAGUUUGUAACCUCACUUCUCACCAAUAACUCAUGAAAAUGCAUCAAAGAUGUGAGGUUGCAAGAGAGAAAUUUGUAGAUAAUCCAAAUAAAACAGGAGCCCUCUUUACAUGCUCCAAUUCUGUUUCCAUUUGGAACACAUUUCAUUACCAGUUGGUUUCAAGAACAACAUUGUAAGUAGCCACAUUUUGAUAUUAAUUAUUAGGAAACAUGUUAAUGUAAGCAAAAAACAAACAAACAAACAAACAUCAUAAUGUUAGGACUGUUUCCUUAUAUAGGGCUUCUAACACAUCGUGAGGCACAGUUGAGAAGUGAACUAUCAGAAGCAGUUAAUAAAGCUGCUGAAACUGGGCAAUCAAUAUCAGAAGGUAUGUACAAAAUAUUUUACUCAUUAAGUCUUCCAUAGGUUUUUUCUUAAAUCUUUUUAUUGCCGGUGCUUUAUAUUAUUUGUUUGACAGGCUCUCUUGAUUCAUCCUUAAUUUUUCAGGAGAGAUCACAGAACAACCACAGGCUAGUCUGUCAUGUGAACAAUUGGUAUCAGAGGUAAAACAGCUAACGAGAGAAAGGGACCAUCUUUUAGCUCAAGCCAGGAAGGAUUCAGAGACUUUAGAGAGAAAAGAGGUGGUAAUUAGAGCUCAGUAUGAGGAACAACUGAAUGACUCUGCCAUGAAAAUAUCACAGGUAAUAAUCAUGUUCUGCUGAGAACCCUAUGAAAAGUAUCCAAGGCCAAAAGUAACAGACUGUCUACCCCAAAGUUUACUUUUAACCUGUUCUAGACUCUUGUUUUGAAGGAGAUGCCAGUAGAACAAAAAAAAGGGAGAGAGAGAAAAGCAAAAGCAGGAGGCAAAGGAGAGUGUUAGAGACACUCCUUUCCAGACUCUUGCUGAUUUUUUAUUUCCUUACUUCCUCUUUUUCAUUCAUCUCCAUUUACUGAAGGCCUGGCACAGUCUAUUUAAAUGAGAGAAUGCUUGAUCACAAUUAGUAUUCCCUCAAAUGUUCAUGAAAUAUGUUGAUGAAAAUUAUAAAUUCUCUAUGGGUGUGUUAGCUUGGACUAUUAUUCUUUGACUAAGACAAAUUGGAAAUAGACUUAAAUGGGAUCAAUAUCAGUAUCUGGGCAACUGCCCACCUACCCCUCCCCUAACCCAACAUUAACCUUAACUUGUCAUCAAUUGACUGUUGUUGAGUUAGGGGAGGGGUAGGUGGGCAGUUACCUAGAUACUGAUAUUGAUCCCUUGAAUGUAAGCCUCUGGUUUUCCUGUAGCCUCUCUAUCUGUCUCUCAACCCUUAAACCCCUAAGAUUGACAAGCAUCUAAUUUCUCUGGACAUAAUCACUCCUAAAUCAAUCAUUAAGGUCACAAGAAUAAAGGAAAUGAUCAACAACUAAUGAAGAUCUUGAUUGUUGAACAGAUUCUCCUUCUUGGCACCCUAGGAAAUGUACAGAGAAUAGAAUGGAGAAUAUGCAUACUGAUGCUAGAGUGUCAAGGGUUAAUAUAAAUUAGGAGACCAAGUCCUCCACAAUAUUUUCCAAGCAAUGAGUAAUAUAAAGUCAUCUGAAUAAGUACAAUUGAAAUCACCUGGAAUGUUAUAUUUCUUCAGUUGGAGUCAUUCUUGAAGGAUGAACGAGAACGAGGAGCCAUCCUUAAUGACAAGUUGCAAACUGCUGAAGUUGAAUUGUCAGAGAGAUUGGAGACGAUUGAAUCACUCAAAACAGAAAUGGCAAAACACAAAGAUGUGGCUGAAAAAAGUAAGUGUGAGGUUUUUAGAUGCUUGUGUCUAAAAUUAAAAAAUAAAUGUUAACCCAUUGACUAUUCUAGAUAAAAGCCUGUUAACAUGCUCAAGCAACAGACAGUUUAUGGCUUUACUCAUUCUCCAGCUCUAGACAAAGUUUUACAAGCAGAGCAAGCAAGAUACACUGAGGAAUUUGCAAAGCUUGAAAAGCAAUUCAAUGAUGUGCGGCGUGAACACACAAAAGCAGUUGUGGCACUCAGGCAAGCAGAGCGAGUGGUUGAAAGAGAGAAGGAAAAGGCAGCAGAACAGCUCUCUCUUCAGCAGAAGGAAUAUGAAAUGAAACUGGAGAAAUGCUGCUCACAACUGCGAAAUAUGGAAAAGGAAAGAAAUAUGCUCAUGGCUACAGUCAGACAGGAGGGUUUCAAGGUUCCCAGACAUAAACCAAGGGAGUUUUCUGGUGAGAAUUGGACAAAAUCCCUCUACACCCUCGCAUUAGAAGUCAUAUUCUCCACACUGUUCUCUUUACAUUUCUUGUGGGACUGACAAGGAGAAUUUGUCAACAAUCAGGAAAUUUGUAAAUUGCAUUUGAUUCAUGGGUGAUACUUUAGGGAGAAAUUGGAAGCCAGUCAUUCUUAGGGGUUAGAGGGAAACAUUGCCAAAAUGUUAUAAGGAAGAAAACAAAGAAAAAAAAAAGUUUACCCCUAAUGACAUGUUUUGCAAGUCCCCAUCGUGAGAGAUUUAAUAUUUACAUAGGGUAGAUGUGAAUGGAACUGAAGCAAAGACAGGUCUAGCCAUAGAAAACUAGAAAUAAGUGACCAAGAUAUGAUUUUUCCUUACAAUAUCAAGACGUGUAGCAUAUCAAGCAGACUAGUGAUGAGAAUAAAGAAAAAUGCUAAUAAGGGGAUUAUUAGUUGAUCCAAAACCAAAUUUCCCAAACAAACAUCAUAAGAAUUAUAUGGCAGACCGUAAUCAGCAUUUUAAUACAUUAUUAAAAUAAUGAGGUCUUGGGACAGAUAUGGACCCAAUUGAAAUCAAGACUUCAGUUUAUAUCUGUUUAAAACCCAAUAAAGUGAUGUUACAAUUAUUAUUAUAGCCGCAAACGCUAAUCACUCGUAUUUCAAACUUUACUAGAACAAACUUGACACAUUGUUGAAUACGGUAAAAGACGAAUGUGACCAAACCAAAGAUGAAAACAUGAAACCCAGAGCUAGAUAUGUAAUGAUAAUUUUCGCAAACUAGACAACUAACCAAAUAAAUUAUGCAACCAAUAUGUAUACGAUAUGCAAAUAAAUAAUUAUUAGUAGUAUCAUUGUUAUUACUAUUAUUAUUAUUAUUAAAGGGUUAAGACAUUUUUUUUUCUCCCAAUCUCUGUAAUAACUGAUAUUCAUUUAAGUACAUGAAGUUUAUCCAAGUUCUCAAUGAGGAUGUAUAACUUCACUUAUGAACUAAAGGUGUUGUACACAAAUGCUUACUGUUCCUUGCUAUUGUUCUCUUUGACAGAUGGUCUGGAGGAGGAAGAGAAAGAAAACAGGGAGCAAGUGCCUCUUGAUGAGAAACCACCCAUAAAAACCAGUAGAGGAAAGACUAGAAAACACAAGGCUGCAAAACCUGUUCAAAAUGAACCAGGAAUUCCAUCUACUGCAGCAGUACAAAGAGAGAGACAGAACAUCCAUGUUACAGAAGGUGGAGCUGAGGAAGAAAUGAACUUGAUGCAGGUGACAUCUGUGCUGAAAGACCUUCAGUCACUCUCAACUGCUCUGCUGAACAUGGACAGAGAGACUGAUGAUUCUCAACAUUCAUUGUAAAUGAAAUUUUUCAAUAUGUGAAUGGACUUCAGUUUUGGGAAAUAAAAGUUUUAAGUAUGU